GAGGCCGGACCGCGACCGGGGCGCGAGGAGCAGCAGCCGCCACCGAUGCGACGGGCCCCUGGCCCGGCCACACCUCCCGGCGGCGCAGCGACCAGUCAGAGAGCGCCGUUUGGGGAUGGGGCGUGUCCGGGGAGGGGAAAAGCCGGUGGGCUGGAGGCGCUCGCGAUUGGUGGCGCUCCGCCCAACGAGAGGCGAGCUUGUAAAGAGGGUCGGCGGCGGCUGCGGCGGCUGCGGCGGCGGCUCGGCCGGUCGGGGCUCGGGGCGGCCCGGCCCGGCAGGUACCGGGCAGCGCUCGGGGGGCCACCGGCGGCUCGGGGAAGGGCGGCAGCUCGGAGCUGGCUGCCUCGCCCAGCCGGUCCAGCGCCCGCAUUUCAGGCCCGGCCCAGCCCUGUGGAGCUGAGGCGAAACUUGCUUCUGCCGAGUAACUUGUCUGCAAACUGUGGGUCCCACCUUCAUCCUGUUAACAUGUUCAACAGUUACAAUGUUAAGUUCUACCACAGCAAAGCUCUCACCUCCCCCUAUCCGGGAUCACAUGUUGAGCGUGGUCAAGUUCCUGAAGAUAAGGUGGGCUGGCUAAUUGAGUGGAAAGAUUAUAAUCCUGUGGAAUACACUGCAAUGUCUGUUUUGGCUGGACCCAGUUGGGCGGAUCCCCAAAUCAAUGAUAAAGGUUUUUCUCCCAAAUUCAAUGAGAGGGAUGGAGAAGUGGAGAGGAGGAGUCUGAAUGGCUUGUAUGUGGUUGAAAAUGGGAGGCCCCGAAAUCCGGUGGGAAGGACUGGCCUCACAGGCAGAGGACUGUUAGGGCGCUGGGGACCAAACCAUGCUGCUGAUCCUGUUGUAACUAGGUGGAAGAGGGACAGAAGUGGCAAUAAAAUUGCUCAUCCAGUUACUGGCAAAAACAUCUUGAGGGUCCCUUCGACUCUGCUGUAAUUCUGUCUCGAAUCCUGCUGUGUGAGUGCCCAGUCGCUCAGCCUCAUGAGGUCCUUCAGCAGUUUUUUCCAUGGUUAGUUCAAGUCCGUCCUUGUUUGCAUACCUGUG